AUGUUUAGGUUGGCUAGUCCAGUAGGGAUAAUAAAAGGGUCUGUAUCCUUGAGGUCUACAAAUGUUUUUCGUCAUAGUAUAAGUGUCACCUCGACACGGUUUCUACAACCGAGUAGAAUAUCAAAUCCAUCUAUAACUGGUAAAACCAUCAAACCAUUUUUACGCCAGUACAGUACUACCCCCAAACCACAAGAAACCGCCAUUGAAAAGGAACCUAAAGAAGCGGUUGCAAAAGAAGUUGUCAGUAAUAAACUAUUUACCUUACCGAAUAUUCUCACCAUGACCAGGAUUGCCACAACGCCAAUGAUUGGAUAUUUCAUCAUAAAGAAUGAGCCGAAUUUGGCUAUGUCUAUAUUUACUUAUUCAUGUAUAACCGACUUUCUUGAUGGAUACAUUGCCCGAAGAUUCAAUUUGAAAUCCACAUUUGGAUCAAUUCUUGAUCCAAUGGCUGAUAAAUUUCUCAUGACAACAUGUACUUUAAGUCUUGGUUAUAGUAAUAUAAUACCAGUUUAUUUGGCUACUUUAAUCAUUGGUAGAGAUGUGUUGUUAAGUUUUUGGGCAUUUUAUAUAAGAUAUCGUACGAUGAAAGAACCUAAAACCAUUAAAAAUUUUAUUGACUUUAGAAACAGUUCAGUCAGCGUACAACCAAGUUUAUUGGGGAAAGUAAACACUGGAUUACAGAUGGUAUAUGUUGGAAGUUUAGUAUUGAGACCCGGUAUUGAAAUGGUCUUAGGAAUUGGUGAAGCGGACUUAAAUUUAAUUUUUCAAUUCUUUGAAUAUAUUGUGGCCAGUACCACAGUAUUAAGUGGUUUAGGAUAUUUUAUAUCAGGAGGAGGAAUCAAGUACUUAAAGUAG